GCGCGCGGCCGCCGCGCGUGCGCCUCUGCGUCCUUUCCGCCUCGUCCCGUUUCUGCCCCCGCCGCCAUGUCUGUCUUCCACGACGAGGUGGAGAUCGAGGACUUCGAGUACGACGAGGAGACCGAGACCUACAGCUACCCGUGCCCCUGCGGGGACCGCUUCCUCAUCACGCGGGAGGACCUGGAGAACGGCGAGGACGUGGCCACCUGCCCCAGCUGCUCCCUGAUCCUGCGCGUCAUUUACGACCAGGAGCAGUUCAUGCGUGAUGAAGUCAUUGCAGAACCUUUGACAAACAAGGAAUUGAUUAAGUGCUGAUGAAUACCUCAUGAACUGUUGCUGCUUUAGAAUAAGAAAGUAUGGGGAUGGCACCUGCGGAAAGAGACAUGGUCCUCCUCCUGGAAGUGCUCGCUGCUGUGAGAUACAAGUACGAUUACUGGCUGCCUUCAUAAUUUGAAUGAGAAUUUGCUGAGACAUCAAACACAUGAAUGGCUUUUGUUCAAAAGGGUUAUGCAUUUUAGAAAAAUAUAUAAGUUGCCAUAUGUAUUUCAGAAGUUUUGAGAAUUAUGAGCCUAACUGACAGCAAGUCAAUAUACAGAAGAACUGUGCGAAGUUGUGAAAUUACACCACUUAUCUAGCAGUGGCUUCUUAGCCUGUGGAGAAAAGCAGGCUUCGUGUGGGCAUAUAGCAGUGUGAAAUGGCAUAGAGAGCUGAAAUGUUGGGAGUCAAAAUUUAGAAGUCCAUAGGACACGAUGCCAUACAGAAUUACAGUUUUGACACAGCGUGGUAUCACCUAGGAUGUGGGCUUGUGUACUUCCAGCCCAUACUGAAUAUGGGGAAAUAUAAGACCCAGAACCAAUGCUGUUGGUAAAUUGUUUUUACUACUGUAAGCACAAAGAAGGUGCAGUUGUAUUUAUAUCUGCACUGGGGACAACACCUGUGUUGGCGCAAAUUUGUUUCUUAAAUUGCAGUUGCUUUGAAACAGCUUUGGUAGCUGUUAUCAAAUGACUCUGACAUAAUAGUGAUAUACUUUUGUGGGUGUUGUGUGAAAUGAAACAAACAGAGUCAAACUUUUUUUAUCCCCGCAAAGCUAGUAAUAUGCAAAUGGACUUGAACUCGAAAUGGAUUGUAAUUUACCCAUAUUUUCUCAAAAACUUUGUGAUUUGACUGUUGCAGCAAAUAUAAAAUGGGCUGCAGUUCUUUGUGCCACUUGUAGUAGUACGUUUGCUGAAUUUCUCAGCCUUCCUUUGUUAGAUUCUGUCACUUCCUGGAUAGGGGAUGCACACAUCUCUCUCAAUAACAAGGGAUUUUUUAGGGUAGAAAAGAGUUGGAAGAAUAUGCUCCAAAGUACAUUGAUUCCAGGACUACUUCUUGUAUUACAAGCCACUGCAUUUAAAUACUUACUUUAAAAUAUAGUCAUUCAUGUGUUUUAGUAGAAUUUGAUGUCUGUGAAGUUAAACUGGGGCAAAAAUACUUGUGUAGCAUUUAUAUAGAUAUUUUGCUCCAGGCACUGAAGAUAGGCAAGUCUUACUGGAUUCUUGUGUUUAACUAUUUUUGUUCUUACAACAUUCUGUGAAUGUUGAAGAUGAACAUUCUAAUUAUUUAAAAACAAAAAAGAAAAGAAAAAGGAAAACUACACCCUUCAGUUAGAAAUUUUGAAUGCAGUAUGUACAACCCAAAGUGUUUUCAUGUCUAAACCAGAAGGUGGCACUCAUGUUACUUUGAUAUCUGUGCUUCAAAAAAAAAAAAAAGCUGUGGUACUUUGGUUAGCUAAAUCUUACCGAAUAUUUAUUUUGACUAUUUAAAUAAAGAUAUUUAAGACUCCACCAGUGGUUAUAAUGGGCCAUUGCUUAUUCUGUUUGUGCACCAGCCACAACGAUUUCCAGAUAUGUUGAGUUGCUGCUGCUGUGGUAAUGAUACUGGAAUUUCUUCAGGUUAGUUCAUAAAAAGCGUUUCAGUCUAUCAAUAGAUGCUAUAAAGCAAAUUUACAGGAACCCUGUUUAAGUUCCUAUUCAAAUUUCUAGUGCAUAAAAAUCUUAAGGAUUUUUCCACAAGUAGUCUACAUAAAACUAAGUAGAGGAAGUUUCAAAUGGCGCACCAGGGAAUGUAUACUCUGAUGUAAUUACAUCAAAGUAAAUUGCCAGGUGUAGCAUCUCUAAAGGUGCCUAGAUUUUACAGAAGUAAUUUGACCAGAUGUCAUUUUAUAAUAAAGAUGAGGUACUGUCAUAAAGACUUCUAUGAGGCUUAUGUAGAGAAUUAUUUAUACUCCAUGUGGUUGAAUUCCUACAUGGUUGUAAAAAGUGUUUAUCCGUUGAAUUUUACUUGGCAUGUGCUGAUAGAAGCUUUGAAGUGAUUCUCUGUAGUGUUCCCCACUCAUCUAAAAUACAGGUAAUGGCUUUUUUAACAGUAAUUUUAGCAAAAUUAAUUACUUCAUUACAUCAGUUGCGACUGUCAGUGUUUAAGGUUUCAUGAUAAGCAUAUUCUUACCAAGUAUGAAUAGGAUCCAAGUUGUAUAAUGCAAUUUAUAUGCAUGUUAAAAUUAUUUGGUUACAUAGCAUAUAUCAAAGCUUUAAUGAAGUAUGCAUUAUGUUUACUUUUCUGGAGAUUUUUUACAGCAUAACAACAGUAAAUUGUUGUGGCUGACUUCGUCAGAAAAGGAUGUGGCCACAUUUGCCUACUUGCUCUCAACUCAGUCUCAUUGCAGUGUCUUGAGGAUCUCAAGACUGUAAUUGCUGUCCCCCAAAAAAGGAGGCAAAACAAGGAUGGAUGUCAUGUAUCUCUUUUUCUGUUGCCUUUUGGGAAUCUGAAAGAGAUGUUUAAAAACUGUUGAGCUGUUUUGUUGCUUUUCCUUCUGCUGUGCAGAGAGGAGUGGAGUUCUGUAGCAACGGAGUUCAUCCUUCAUGAAAGCUCAGUGAUGCUAACGGCAAAGAGCUGCCCACUUUUGUGUUUUGUUAACUUCUAAGAAGCUUUUGACUCCAGUGAUUGCAGUCAGCUUUUCUAAAAUUCUUCCAUACUGUGUAAUUCCAAAACACCAGUCAGGGCAAUCUGAGUAACCCAUCAGAAAUGUUCCUCUUCAGGAAUUCAGUCACGAGGUUUCUUCAGAGCAUCACAGGCUCUUGUGCAGCAUGCAGGCUCCUUAUGCAUUACUUGUGUAUUACAUGUUCUUAGAAACCAAUGGUUCACUUGUCUUCUAAAAAGGCAAUUGUGUAGGACACGAAGUCUUUUCCUUGCUGUUUGUAUCUGACAAGCAGAUUGACUGAUUAUGUGUUUGAUUAGGUCCUUGACUGCACAGAGGAGUCCAGUGUGAUGAAAACAGCAUCAUGUGAACGUUAAUAGAAUAAGUCAUAAUCACUAGAGAUUAGAGAGGGUGGAACAAUUUAUGAUCAAUGUCAGAUAUUCAAGCUCUGAAAUUGCUAACGCUGUUAAACACCACUAAACUGUAUGAUAUUGAAAACAGGCAAUACGGUCUGUUGCCAUAAUUUUAUGGGAAGAAAUGGAAGAUAAUUUGCUCUUCAUUAAACUAAAGAGGCUUAGCUUCUCUGAGCA